UAUGUUCAAGCAGGCAUCCCGAGGCAGUGUGUUGUAGUGGUUAGAGCAAGGGAGUGAGAGUGAGGGCUCCAUUUAUUCAGUGCUUUUUUCCUUUCUUGCUAUGUGAGCCUGAGUACGUCAUGUCUCUGUGCCUCAUCCCUGUUUCACAUCUGGGGAAGCUGCCUAGCGCACAGUGGGGUUGGGCGACUUAGUUCAUGGUUGCAGAGCCUGCCGAGCCCCUCUGAUGAAAGGUGCUGUAGCGGUGCAAGGCUUUAUUAAUAAGUUCCAACAAAAGGUGACAAUGUAGUGUUGCCUCUGUCAAGUGUCAGCAUGCGCUGUGUGGCUGAGGGCGAGGAAGGCUGAAGAUUACCCUCCUGUUGCAGAGCAGUGAGCUGAGGAACAGGGAGGCCGGGCCUUGCUCGUGGCCACCAAGCAAGUCUGUGGCUGAGUCCGGAAUGGAACUCAGAUCACAUGAUUCCUGGGGCCCUGCUCACACCAACAAUUGACACACCCUGCUUGGAGAGGACCACUCUGCCACCCCAGCUGGAAACAUCGGCCUCGCAGGCGCAGACUGCCAUGAACUGCCGUGCCGAGGUGCUGGAGAUCUCGGUGGAGGGCCGCCAGGUCGAGGAGGCCAUGCUUGCCGUGCUCCACACCAUCCUCCUCCACCGCAGCACCGGCAAGUUCCACUACAAGAAGGAGGGGACCUACUCCAUCGGGACAGUGGGGACGCAAGAUGUCGAUUGUGACUUCAUUGACUUCACCUAUGCCAGGGUCUCCUCCGAGGAGCUGGACCGAGCGCUGAGAAAGGCCGUCGGGGAAUUCAAGGACGCCCUCCGAUACUCGGGCAGCGACGGCAUCGGGCAGAUCUCCCUGGAGUUCUACCAGAAGAAGAAGUCACGCUGGCCCUUCUCGGAUGAGUGCAUCCCCUGGGAGGUGUGGACCAUCAAGGUCAACGUGGUGAACCUGGCCAAUGAGCAGGAGCGGCAGAUCUGCCGGGAGAAGGUGGGAGAGAAACUGUGCGAGAAGAUUAUCAACAUCGUGGAGGUGAUGAACAGGCACGAGUACCUGCCCAAAAUGCCCACCCAGUCGGAGGUGGACAACGUCUUCGACACAGGCCUGAAGGACGUGCAGCCCUACCUCUACAAGAUCUCCUACCAGAUCACUGAUUCCCUUGGCUCCUCUGUCACCACCACUAUGCGACGGCUCAUCAAAGACACGCUGGCUCUGUAGGGCCAGGCCCCUGGGGACAGGGGGCUUCACCUUUCUGCUCCCCAUCGCACAGGAUGACUGAGUGUCCCAGCAAGUAGAAUCGUCUCAGAGCACGGUCCCAGCUGGUGUUUGCCCGGGCAGGCCUCUCUGCUUAGACCUGCCCCUUCAUCUGUACAUUUCAGAUGGAAGCGUUCUGCAGGCUGGACUUGGGCCGGCCCUUAAUUGUGACUCUCCCUACGUGGGGGGUCACCUGGGGCUGCGAUCUGAAAUGUCAGCAAACUGCUCCUAGUACCACGUGGCCUAUAUUGCAUCUGGCAUGUCGGCUACCCUCCCCCGGUCUCCCUUUCCUCCCUCAGAUCCCUCCCGAAGCCCCGGUUCCCUUACAGAACCUCAUCCCUGCACUGCUUGGCACUGGGGCUGCUGCUGCCGCCUUGUUUCAUGUUUCAUCGGAGUGGGAUUGUGAAUUCCUGGACAAGGCCCCUCCUCUUUCUCCCCUUGACUGUUGGGGAGGGGCUUUGUACAGGCUCUAACAAUACCGUGGUAACCUCUGGCUGGCAGUCGAGUCAGGGAUUGUAUUUCUCUGCCUUUAACGCUAUUUUGUUGUAACAGUGGGGAAAGAAUUGUCCGCAACAGAGCAGCUGUGCCACCACCAUCCCCAACCCCCCGAGCCGCAGUUAGAACAGCUGUCGGGAGUCUCUGUGGGUGCCCAUGAGGCAAGGCCCUUCUCUGCCUUUCUCUCUGUCUGGGAAAGGGGGAGAAUGCUGCGGGUGGUCGAAGAGCACACCAGAGUAAGCAGAGAGUCUUUGCUAAGCUUUAUAAAGCCCCUUCCCAGAAAUACUGGGGCACAGGCACUAAAACCCGUAUUCCCUAGUCAGUCACCUUAAACCAAGUCCACGUCUGACGUGCAGCAAAUGUGGUGAGAGUGGCCGCUGUAAGCGGAGUGGGCUGGGAUGGCUGGAGACGUGAGUGCCGCGAAAGAGCGGCAGUUGCUUAGGGUUCCUGCAAGCUCCGUCUCCGCACAAUGUGCCAUCAGAGGGGCCAGUAACUACAUGUACCUGGGCACACAGGAGCUAUUGCUUGUGUGUGUCGUCCAGUGACCUCACUGCACUGCCAUCACCAUCAGAAAUACUCCCUUCAUUCUUCCUGACGGCUAAAAGAACACUAAGCAGCCAGGGGCUCUGUUUAAAGAGAUCUCCAGACCCUGGCUCAUCAACACUUGCACCCCCGUCCCCACUUCGUCCCUUAUGGAGACUGAUGCCCAAGUGUUUGUUACAGACACUAUGUUCAGAAACUGACCUGUCUGGAUUCUGUAGAUCUCAUGCUCUGGGUGUAAUGAAAGUGGCCUGGGCCUUCUCUUUACUCGAGGUCUCGGAUUGUCGAGAGUGUCUGCCCCCUGCUCAGGUAGCGCCACCUCCAUCAGAUUCAGGCUUUGCCUCUUGCCCAGCUGUCAUCCCAGCAGUAAAGCCCAGUCCUUGGUGCACGAGCGCUUCUGCUCCAGAGGUGGAGAUGAGUGUGAGGGUUUCUCUGAGUCUGCUAAUAAACUGUUUUCACAUCAGA